AUGUCCAAGAGACAGCAAUCGCAGAGCUCGUCAUCUAAAUCACAAACGAAGCGAGUAAAGACAGUAUCUAUUGGUGCACCCUCACCGGAUGAUCGUAGUGUACCAUCAGAAAAUAACCCGUCGUCGUCAGCGUUGUCUACUCGCAGUUUGAAGCAAGAGCGUCCGCCUUCACUCUCAAGUCUAUGUAUCCGCGCCUUCAGUCGGAAUUUUGCCGAGUUCUCUGACGAUGAACACUGGGAUGUGACAAGAAAGUGGCUUCAGAUACUCCCCGAGACGGCACUACCUGGCUUGUUUGCCGUGCUCAAGGCUCAACAUCCGCGACGGCUGAAUCAUGCUGUGAUCACAACCUACUUUAUGCGUGGUACAUCGCUAUCAUUGGAUGGCGAUCUUCCGCUCACGACACAAACGUUGGCGGCUAUUCCACGCGUAUUUGGUAGGAAGCUGCUCGUUUUGGAGCUGAGUGAUGUCGACAAGUUCUCUGACUCGAAUUAUGCUGCAAUGGUCAACGGACUCCCCUCGCUCACUAGUCUGGUGCUAAGGUACCCGAACCGACAGACAUAUAGCCUUUGUAGGAAUUGUCCCAAAGUAGGACCAUUGACUGUGGAAGCAGUGGCUACUACUUGUCGACAAUUGAUAAAAGUAAACUUCAGCUUCACAAGCAUCACCGCCUCAUCACUCUUGCCUUUGCUCAAAUCAUGUCCUGGCCUUGAAGUCUUGAAAUUAGCGGGUAUCCAAAAUCUGUCAGAUGCGACUUUGUUGCGAAUGUUCGCUUCGAUUAAAGACGAUGAUGCGUUGAACGAUCACUCAUCUCUGAGAAACCUAAAGUCGCUGAAACUCCGCCAUGACACGAUUUCUGAAGCUCCUAUUGUGUCGUUCCUUCACCAUUGCACGAAACUGGAGCGUCUGGAUGUAUCAUUUACGCUUGCAAAACAUGUCCCAGACCUUCCUAUCGCGCCUCCCAUAGAGAAACUCUCGCUCACAUCAACUUUCAUCCCUGGAAAGGAAUUAAUCGAGCUAGUAACCCGUUUACCAAGGUUGAAAAUAUUAAACAUUGGUGCUAUGGGUGUAAAGGCUGCUACUAGUACCACAUUGACGACUUCAACGGCUAUGACGCUUAAUGACGACGUGUUGCGACUUUUGACAGAUGCGCUUGCGGGCUGCUGCUCACUUCAGAGUGUGAACCUAGUGCAGAAUUCAAAACUCGGAGCUACUAAAGGUCAAAAUAGCGCCAUCGCAUACUUCAUUCGUCAUGUCGGAAGAAAACUAUCAUAUUUGAAUUUGUCUGGUGUUGCGGUGCGUUCUGCGGACCUUGCAGCGUUGGUGUCGGAUGGUCCGGAGGAGCAAACUUCGCCAUUAGAAACGUUGAUUUUGAAUAAAUCAUUGAUUGACGACGAUUGCGCGCCUUGGAUCUCGAGUUGCCGUUCGUUGAAAGUACUCGAACUUGCCGAAACGAGGAUCUCAGGUAAAUGA